GGUAAACACCACAAGAAAUGCAUUUCUAAGCGGGGGGCGUCGCAUUGAUCCCUCAUAAGACUCUGCCAUUGCACCGUUCGAUUUCCUCUUCUCAUUUCCUUCCCUCUGCCUGCUGAGUCCCGUGAGGAUAUAGACUUUCCCUAAAGAAACCCUCAUCUAUCGACCCAGCAUGUCCGACCCUCAACCGGUCCCUCGGCCGCCCGAGCACGUAGAACCAGAGGAUGACGGUCUUCUUGACGCAGAUGAAGCAGCCGAAGAAAUCGUGGACGACGACCACGACCACCCCAUGGAUGACGAAGAUGACGAAUAUAUGGAAGGAGAAGAGCAGGAAAUCCAACUGCAAAACGACUCUGCCGCACACUUUGACUCCCAUACAGACAGUAUAUUCUGCAUAGCGCAACACCCUACCAACCCAUCCGUCGUGAUCACAGGCGGCGGCGACGACGUCGCAUACCUAUUUGACGCAUCAAUACCUGGCACAACCCUAGACACCAACACGCCUCAGGGCGAGAGAAAAAGUAUUCAACCACUUCAAAAGCUGGAUGGGCAUACCGACUCUGUCAAUGCAGUAGCCUUCACAUACUCCCGAGGUGAAUACGUGGUAACGGCGGGGCUCGACGGGAAGCUACGCGCAUGGAGGUCAUCAGAAACCUCUGGCUCUGGAAAAUGGACGUUUGUGGCCGAGACUGCAGAAGUGGAAGAGAUCAACUGGGUAGCCCCUUGUCCUAACAAGGAUCAGGAGAAUGUGAUAGCCCUCGGCGCGAAUGACGGUUCAGUUUGGGUCUAUCAAAUCAAUGGCGAUGACAAGGCUAGCCCUCUCACAAUCGUACAGGCGUUUUACCUCCAUACUGCAUCUUGUACCGCGGGAGCGUGGACGCCGGACGGUACACUACUUGCGACAGUAUCAGAAGACGGAAGUCUGUAUGUCUGUGACGUCUUCUCCGGAGGUCAGGCCGUCAUCUCGUUCACCGCCGCAGACCAACGCUUUGAGGUUGAAGGCGGUCUUUACAGCGUGUCAUGCACUCCCUCGAUGGUCGCCGUGGGUGGCGCGGGCGGCAACAUCAAAGUCAUCGGCCUGCCUCAACCGGCUGAUCAGGCCAAAAAGACUGGUGCCAAGGGCGCUGGGAGACAGCAGCAGGCCUCUUCGGCAGGACAGAUCCUCGCCUCUCUGCAAGCCCAAUCCGACGGUGUCGAGACACUUUCUUUCUCCUCUCCACCCCUCAACAUCCUUGCUGCGGGAAGUGUCGAUGGCUCGAUUGCACUCUUCGAUACAGCUCAUCGCUUUGCUGUGCGGAGACAUAUCAAAGACGCACAUGAGGAAUAUGCGGUCGUCAAAGUCGAAUUCGUCAGGAACCCCCAGAAGGGUGGUUGGCUCUUGACUUCUGCUGGCAUGGACGGCGUGGUCAGGAGGUGGGACGUGAGGGGCGGAACGACGGCGGCAGGUCAAGGGUUUGUUCAGGAGUGGAAGGGACAUAGAGGGGAAGGGGAAGGAGGCGGCGUACUAGGAUUCGUACAAGGCGGUGGUGGAAGCAGAAUUGUCACGGCCGGCGACGACGGUGUUGCAUUGGUGUUCAAAGCGGACAUAGCAUGAGCUGAUGAGACACACGUUGCUUCAUCUACCUGCUUCUUGUUUGUGCCAGUUGCAUAUGUUAUGCAGCACGCUACCGUGGAUCGUCGUUGGACUCGAAAAUCAGUGCGAAGCGAGAUCUCAAGUCCUUUCUCGAGAAGAGCUUUGAAUACCAACAUCAUCCACGCUUGUCAGACGGUUCUCUGAGGCUUUGCAAUUCAGGAAACGCAUGCGCUGAGCCAGCCUGUCAGUCUGUGUCAGUCUAUGCCAACACUUCCAGCAUCUUGAUGUUGACGACGCUGGUCAUUCCACCUACAAGUAUGUCGCCUGGAACUUCGUCCUGAGCACCCGAAAGUGAUGGUUGGAAUGCGCUAGAGGAACCGGGUGCAGUCCAAGAGACAAAUAGAGUGCUAAUAUGAUAGAUGAAGAAAUGAACUUGACGAAUGCUCAAGAAGCCGUGCGAUUUCUCUGACACUCCGC